UUUCAACAUGACACCUCCGAUGUUUGCUUUGUACGUGACAUGUCUGUUUUUGUGGAUAAUGGCUGAUGUGACUGCUCUAACACUCUCAUCAUCUUUACGUUUCAUAUCAGUAAGCGAAGGUGAACCUGUGACUUUGGAAUGUUUCUAUGGAGAUGGUUCAGUAAUUAUGGUGUACUGGUAUAAACAAGCCCCAGGACAAAAACCACGACCUCUUUCUAAAGCGUAUAAGCGCGACAAAAAUGCCACUCUGUUUGGUGAAUUUGUGAAUGAUCAACGCUUGAAACUGGAAAUUAGCCCUGGUAAAAAUCACCUGAAGAUCUCAUAUGUGCAAAUUUCAGAUACAGGUAUUUAUUACUGCAUAGGUGGCAUUUCAGAGGCGUUUAACAUUAUAAAGGGCAUUGUUAUCCAUGUAAAGAGCCCAGGAUUGAACAUCCCAGCUUCGGUCCAUCAGUCAGCAUCUGGGAUCAUCCAGCCAGGAGGCUCUGUGACUCUGAACUGUACAGUACACACUGGGACCUGUGAUGGAGAACACAGUGUUUACUGGUUCAAACAGUCUCCAGAUUCUCGUCCAGGACUCAUUUACACCCAUGGAGGCAGGAAUGAUCAGUGUGAGAGGAAAGGCAACACAAAAACACACACCUGUGUCUACAACUUAUCAAUGAAGAGCCUGAAUCUUUCUCAUGCUGGGACCUACUACUGUGCUGUUGCCACAUGUGGACACAUGCUGUUUGGAAACGGGACCAAGCUGGACAUUGAGGGAUCUACAGAUGAUGGAGACUCUCCUGUCUUGGUGUAUUUCUUGACUGGCAGCUCAGCAUUCUCCACCACUCUGUGUGUUUCGAUUGCUUUCUUAAUGUGCAUGACGAACAGAAAACACAGUUGCCUUUGUGCAGAGUCUCGCAGCAGAUUUUCAUCUCCCUCAACAACAAAUCAGGAGGGUUACCAAAAUGAAGACAAUGACUAUGAGAACGUUUCAAGUGAGAACAGGGUCAACAGACGGAGACGACCGAGAGACAACACCUGGAGUGAAUGUGUGUACUUCAGUGUAAAGCAGUAGGCUGUUUCAUAUUUGUCUUUGCACAAGGUUAGGGUUACAUGACAUGAAUUCAUACUGGCUUUUAAAAGUAUAACAUGGCUUUUGUAAAUAGUAUUUUACCUAAGACAAUAGAUGAAAGUGAGAUGACUUCAACUGUCUCUGUGCCACAUGGCUGUGAUACACAGACCUCAACAUAUUAAAUAUUUGUUACUCCAUUGUAUAUCAAUUGCAAAUGUUAUCAGCCACAAAAUUGACAUCUUCAGCUUUUCUGUUGUCAUUUUGUCAUAAACUGAGCCAUUUAAAGGUUUCCCAUUGUUAUGUGAGCCACCUAUAGACCUAAAUCAGCACCCAGCUGUGCAGAUUAAGGUCAGUAGGCAGCAUUGCAGAGCACAGAAGUCUUGAUUUUAGAGCAGACCUAUCUUUCAUUACGUUGCUGAGGGGAACAGAGUCCUAAUUUAAAGUUUUGGGAAAAGGCCAAAAUCAUUUCCCGUUUCAAAUUGGGUCAGGUCAUUGAUAAAGUUGGGAAUGGCUGGUGUAGAAGAUAAGAAAAAGAAACACCAUUGCAAAAUGGCCAAUUUCUCAAGCACAGAGGUAUUAUUUUAUAAGUGCUGUUACGUCAUUGUGAUCAGUGCAGGUGUAAAAGUGACAUUUUAUCAGCAGGAUUGUUAAGAUUCGGACAGAAUGCUUAUGCUGUCUUUGUGGGAACACAAGGUCUACAGAUCAACAUGACCGGACGACAUCCAAAGUGAGUGUGUGAACUCCAGUGUGAAGCAGUAGAAGCAGGAAAUACUGCAUUUAUAAAUUGUUUCUGUGUAAAAACAUC